CGCAAUGCCUACCUGAUGGUCGUCGGGGCCGAAUACAGCAAACUCGCUACCUUAGUGGCUAUGGGAGUAAGAGGUAAGGUAAGUCUCAGACACUCCAUGAACGGCGCGAGCGUGAGUCGAUGGUUGUUGUAUGCCAUGUGCGCCCUUGCUAUGGAACUUUGGAGGAACCUGUCAGUUAAGACUAUGUUGCCUGGCUUGUCUUGUCUUGCUUUGGUGCUUUGUUGCUGUGUUGCAAGAGUCACUUGGGUUGGCGCGGAAAACUCGACACCUGAGGUACAUACUUAGAAGAAGGGAAGAGGGAUGUUACCACGAUGGUGGAAUUGACGCGAUCAUCAACAUUACAGACGGGAGGUCGCUUUACUACCACCACAACUACUACCACUGCCGCUGCGGAAACCAUUGCUGGAGAAUUUCUUCAUCGUCAUCAUCGGGAGACGUACAGUCUAUUUGCAGUCAGCCGGAGUUGUCAACACACACACACUCACUGUAGUGGGGACGAGAAGUCGCUUCGCACUUCUCAGGGGUAAACUGCCACAACCUCAGUCGCAAUUUUGCGCAAGCACCUGUUUUUUCCAUCAACCCCGAGUGCACCGCUCUCUCACCAACAUCACCACCACCACCACCACAAACACAGAAGUUGCAUGCACAAGAACAUCACAUCAUCAUCAUCAUGCCUUCCUCCUCCACCCUCAACACAGUGCAAGAGCGUCGAUUCCUCUGGCACUACAAAUUCACCGUCACCCGGCUGCACGCAUGCGGUUUCGUCCACGAGUCCGCAGUCGUCGCCGGUUGGUAUUGCGAUCUGCUCGAGCGGUCCAGCGAUCAAUUGAAGGAGCAUGCGCCGAUUGACCAACAAUUCUGCGAAGAUAUGGUUGCUGAUGCGGGUGUCCGAAAAUAUUCGGAGAAUGUGGCGCAGGUGGGAAAUCAGACUGCGGAUGUGGCUAGGUUGCUGUUUCAUUAUGGGAGAGGUGAGGAGGCGGAAUUGUUCUCUGAGCGGGCGGCUUGGCUGCAUGAUUUGGCGGGCCGGAUGAAGGAGUAUGAGUUGCUUGUUGGGGAGCAGUUGGAGUAGGGGAGACGGGGGAAGACCUUGGGGGAGAACUUGCCAGAGGACGGGUUUGGGUGAGUGCGCUCUCUGCUGAGGGUUCGGAGAGGGGAAGUCGUUCGCUGGCUACACGUCUACAGUACCAUGGAGGAGGUUCAGUUUAGGGCGAAGGGGAUCACAGGCCGCAUGCGUUUUAGCAAGAGUGUCAUGGUGGAGCAAGAUGGUCUCGGGAAGAUAUGGUGCGACGAGGCUGCUAUUGUAACGAUCAGAUUCGACCUGGUAACAGAAAGGUCUGCAGCGCAAGCUGACACAAAGGCAGCGAUAGAGGCUCGAGGCACGAGGAGGUCCCAACGACAGCCAUAGAUGUUGUACUGACCAAAAGUCUCUUCGACAGCCCGUCUUGUCUCUUUUCUUUCCAUCUACAUGACUGUACUCCUCACAGCGCUAUACGUGCAGCUCCUCGUCUCACGUCCACUGCUCUUACAGCUAUACCAGGUACGUAUUCUCCCCAGCUCUUUUCAGGAAUGAUGCUUGAUGAAAUAAAUGUACGGCACUUCUGACGCCGCCUACACAACCAACAAAAAUGCGUAGCCAGCUCUUAUAGUACCAACAGUCUCCCUCUGCGCUACUCGAAAUCGUUUACCAGCAAUUUUGGAACCCAGGGCCCAGCAUGACGCCGAGCCAGAAGCCUGCUGACAAC